AUGGAGCACUUGGUGGAUUGGGAUCGGAAGCUGUCCAAAUCGGAGAGGCAGCGAUUUAAGGAGGAGGCUGAAAUGUUGAAAGGGCUUCAACAUCCUAACAUUGUUAGGUUCUAUGAUUCCUGGGAGUCUACUGUCAAGGGAAAGAAGUGUAUUGUUCUGGUUACAGAGCUUAUGACAUCUGGCACAUUGAAAACGUACUUAAAAAGGUUUAAAGUGAUGAAAAUCAAAGUACUGCGAAGCUGGUGCCGGCAAAUACUGAAGGGUUUGCAGUUCUUGCACACGCGUACUCCUCCCAUUAUCCACCGUGACUUGAAGUGUGACAACAUCUUUAUUACUGGCCCCACAGGAUCAGUCAAGAUAGGAGACUUGGGUCUGGCAACCUUGAAGCGGGCUUCCUUUGCCAAGAGUGUGAUAGGUACCCCAGAGUUCAUGGCACCCGAGAUGUAUGAGGAGAAAUACGAUGAAUCCGUUGAUGUAUAUGCUUUUGGGAUGUGUAUGCUUGAGAUGGCUACGUCUGAAUAUCCUUAUUCUGAGUGUCAAAAUGCUGCACAGAUCUACCGUCGAGUGACCAGCGUAAGUCUCCUAUAACCCUCUGCAAUUGUA